UUUAAAAGUAUACAUUUUCCUUGCUAACUACCUCCUUCGCUGAGCCUACGCUGGCUGAACAGACCAGUGAUGUACAACAGUGCUUGUGUGGUUUCAGCCGGCCGGGCUGUGCUUGAUCUCAUACAGUCAGACUGGGAGCCUCUGUCUCACCGAGAACUUGAGCAGCGCCUGGAUCAUGCUGUUGAGGAAAUCCUUGAAACUGAUCUGAUGGAGAAAGCACGAGCCCUGGUUGGGCCAACUUGUCAACAGCAGCCUGAACAGUCUCAACAGCUAGAAAAUGCAGAGCCACCAGAAGAGUCACAACUGUCAAUUGAACCAGGGAAUGAGAAUGAAACUAUUCGGUACAUCAAAGACCUUCUCCAAAACUCGGACUCCGGUUACAGUAGGAGUCGACGACCAGGCCGGCCUCGCCUUUCUCUCAACCACACUGUACUCCUUUCCCUUGCUCUUCUCUCCAGUCGCCUCAGCUAUCGAUCAGUGUCUGCCCGUUUUCGUGUUGAGAAAGGGAACAUUCACCGCAUCUUCUUCUCUUUUUGUGAACGAGUGAAUGCACUGGAAAACCAGCACAUCAGAUGGCCAACUGGUCAAGAUGCAGAGGAGAAUCUGAAAGCCUUUUCGGGCUUGCUCGGAAGAAAGGGUCUCCCUAGGGUUUUUGGAAUCUUGGGCUGCACUCGCAUACCUCUCCGGGGACCAGGAAAACAAGAGAUAGAGGGAGGGGGCAUGGAAGAAAGAAUUUUGGAAAAAGAAGUCCACCCUGACUCUUGGCUGAAUUUGGAGUUAGCAUGUGACAGCCAGGGCAAGUUCAUUCAUUGCAGGAUCAGUAAGGGCACAGAUACUGACAAAGCCUGUGAUCUGAGAGAGAGACUCAAGUGUCAACCUGAAAUGUUGCCCCAGGAUUCUUACUUGAUAGCCAGGGUGGGUUACCCACUCUCUGGUCAAAUACUUACUCCGUAUCCUACAAGUACUUGCCCUAAGGAGAAACUUUAUAAUCAGUGCCUUGAAGCCCAUUUGGAUGUGUUGGACCAUGCUGCAGCUGAACUCAAAGCUCGGUUCCAAAGGCUUAGGUAUCUGGACAUGGUUAAUUUUGAGAGGGCAAAGGCUGUGGUGUUGACUGCCUGCAUACUGCAUAACAUGUUCUUGGCAGUGGGAGACAGAUUUCCUUCAAAAGAUCAACGAGAGACAGUGGAGGCAGAGGAGGAAGGAGAGAAAGAGGAGGAGGGGGAGAGAAAGCGGGAGGCCAUUGCAGAUUUACUGUACAGACAAAUGGACAAAGAAGAUGAUGUGGAGCCGUGAUGUGAAGAAGUACAGCUCAGAGAAAUGGGGUUUCAGUACACUU